GCCAUCUACUAUGGUUGGCCCCAGAGGCGGGGCUGUGACGUAAUAAGCGCGGAAGGAGUCUCUCGGAGCUCCAGAGUAGGCAAACGGGGUGUGGCACUGGCGGUUGGGGCGACUGAUCUCUGUCCUGGUUUUCUGACCCUGACUGCCGCCAGCGACAUGUCUGCAUAUCCAAGAAGCUACAACCCUUUCGACGACGAUGCGGAGGACGAAGAUACACGGCCAGCACCGUGGAAAGACGCCCGUGAUCCCCCCGACGGGCCCGCCACCUACGCAGACAGACAGCAAUACCUGCGGCAGGAGGUGCUGCGCAGGGCCGAGGCCACGGCCGCCAGCACCAGCCGGUCUCUGUCCCUCAUGUACGAGUCCGAGAAGGUCGGGGUCGCCUCUUCUGAGGAAUUGGUCCGACAGCGAGGAGUCCUGGAACGCACAGAGAAGAUGGUAGACAAGAUGGAUCAAGACUUGAAGACCAGCCAGAGGCACAUCAACAGCAUUAAGAGUGUGUUUGGUGGGUUUGUCAAUUACUUCAAAUCCAAACCAGCAGAGACAUCAGCUGAACAGAAUGGCGUGCUUGCUCCCCAAUCCAACAGCAGAUUGAAAGAAGCCAUAAGUACAAGUAAAGAACAGGAGGAAAAGUACCAGGCCAACCACCCAAACCUCAGAAAGUUGGAUGAUGUAGACUCUCAAACUGGCUCUGCUGUGAAUACUGAGGCUUACUCAAAAAACCCACACCUUCAAGCCUAUCACCAGAAGAUUGACAGCAACCUAGGUAAGACUGACAGAUGAACUGUCCCUGGGACUGGGCCGUCUGAAGGACAUAGCUCUGGGGAUGCAGACAGAAAUUGAGGAGCAAGAUGACAUUCUUGACCGGCUGACAACCAAAGUGGACAAGUUAGAUAUCAAUAUAAAAAGCACAGAAAAAAAAGUUCAACAACUCUAAAGAUAGAAGAGUUCUACUCUAUUAUGAUGACAAUAUUUGAAAGAUCUCUUUUUAAACUCCCAAGAAAUUUCAUAUAUUAUUUUAAUGUGUGUUUGCAAAUGUUAUAACAGAGUAGGUCUUAAGAGAUUUUUGUUGUGAUGAAGAAAUGUGUGUCCUCUUUGUCUUAGGGCUGACACCUCCCUAAGUUCUUUCAGCAGAAUGCUGAGAGUUUUGCUCUGAACACCGUAGCCCAGCCCUGAAUAUCUUAGGCCUUUGACUCUCAUACUGCUAUAAGAUGAAAAAGUUACAUUUUCAUGAGUGUAUGCAAAGAUACAAGUAGACUUUCAGUCUUGCAUCCACCACCCUUCAUUUCCCUAUUGGCUGUAUUUUAUUCCUAGGCCUUGUGAGUUCAAUGUUAUGGGACCCUGAGGGGGGUCCCCACCCCUAUUUUUGUACAGAAGACCUCAUACACCUACACAAAUGCACACACACUAAGCACAUUGUGUUUCUCUCCUCUCCCUGGAAAAGGAUCAGUGUUAGAUCUGAAGUGGAGUAUAGCAUUCUUUGCUCUUUUGUUGACAGAUGUCACCUCCUGCCUUCCUGCCCUUUGUCAACGGCAUGCAUUUUAGUAGGAGGGCUUCAGAGUAAUACCUGGAAAUGAACAAGGAAUUGGGCAAGCCCUUCCUCCCCACAUGCCUUCUUCUCAUGUUCUUCAUCUGUGGUUGGGAACAGAUUCUCCACUGACUCAAGGCCACCUGGCUGACAACAGGACACCAUGUGGAGAUUUUGGGAAUGAGAGUAUUACAUAGAUGUGGACAAGCAGUGUACUUCCUCCACUAAGCUUUACACCCUACCACAGUAUGGCAGUGUUUAUUGCGUUCUGGGGCCUCCUGCGCUGUCAGGACUCCCACUCACUCUUGUACUUCUUAAGUGUGACAUUUAAAUCAUCGCUUGGUUCCCGGCUACCCAGUUUUAGGACUGGAACUUCACAAAUGAUGCUGACCUUAUAUGAAAGAUUUGGCUAAAGAAAAAAAGGCUCAGAUACAAUUUUAACUAGCUCAGCUUGUUCUCUCUUUUCAUAUUAUAAAAGGAAUCAUCUGUAAGUAUUCAUGCAAUUGAUUUCUAGAAUAAAAUUAAGUUUGUUACCUCCGUCAGAAUCAUUGAGCCACAAGGCCCUUGUCUUUUUUUUUUUUUUUUUGGUACCAGAGAUCGAACUCGGGCCCUUGCGCUUGCGAGGCAGGUGCCAGAACCACUGAACUAAAUCCCCAGCCCUGCCCUUGUCUUUUUAAAAAAUAAUUUAAGAUAUUUUGAAGAUGGUGCAAGGAACUGAUUUUAGCCGGGCGUGGUAGUGCAGGCUUAUAAUCUCAGAACUUGGAAGGCUGAGGCAAGAGGAUCGCUGUGAGUUCGAGGCCAGCCUGAACUACAUGGACCCUGUCUCAAAAAAAACCCCAGAUUUCUGUUUCCACAGUUUAGUUGGAAACAAACUGUGCCUUCAAAUAAGUAACUUUUUCUAACUUUAGGUCAAUUAUAUACUAAGUGUGCUAUUAACAAAAAAUAAAAAAUUCUCUUUUAGAGGAAAAUAUUUAUAAAAUCUAGCAUUUUAUAAUUUAACAGCAGUGGAAUGACCUCAUUGAUGUCUUCUUUGUAUUCUGUAAGACAGGAGACCUGAACUUAAGUGGUGAGAAAAAAGUACAGCACUACAUUUUCUUUCUCUUAAUUUGUUUUUGUGAAUAUAUGAUUUUAAAUUAUACUACACCAGUUUAGUAAAAAUCAGCUUUGCCUAUACAAACCUUUUCUGCAAAAUUUUUUAAGCGACCAUUGUUGUUAAGCAUCUUCAGCUCUGAUAAAUGAAAUGUCUUGUGUAGGAAUUGAUGAGCCAGUCAUUGAAUGUGGUCAUUUUUCAGGGAAGGGGUGGAGGGCUUUUUGGUCAAUCUGUAUCAGGACAGCUUGUAUGCUCCUCCAUGUCUUCAACUCUGCAGAUGAGCAUAUUCCAUAAAAUAAAAUGUGAAGUUUUUCAAUCAAA